AUGUUUAUGGAACGUAUUCUUCUUGCUACUGACUAUCCAAAUUUAACUAAACUUACAAUUUUUCAUUUCCAAGAAGAAAUCGCUUCAAACUAUUUUACAAGUCGAAAUAGAGUUAUUGGUGGUACUUAUGUUCAACAUGAUAUUUUGGAUUAUAUGCCACAACUUCGUUCAUUCACUUUCUAUAUUUGUACUUAUGUUGAUCCAGCUGUUUUAUCCUGCAAGUUAUCAAGUGAAGAUAUUCGAAUAAAAUUAAGAAAUAUUGGACAACAACAUGUCAGUAGUAUGGUCAAUUAUGUUAUUAGUGAAGUUAAUUGUAUUUAUGGUGUGAGAGCUGCAUGCUCCGUUUUCUCACUUCCUUUUGGAUUUGAUUAUCUCCGAGAUAUUGGCAAUAACUUUCCAAAUAUUGUAUUUAGUUAUGUUACCUAUUUAGUUAUACAAGAUAUUAUUCCAUUCGAACAUGAAUUCUUCAUGCGAAUUGCCCGAUCGUUUCCGUUACUCAAGCAUCUUUUUAUUCGGAAUGAAAAAUCACAAAAUUUAAAUGGUCUUAUGACAUUGUCAUCUGAAAAUUGUCUAUUACAGUCGAUUAUUGAAUAUCCUCAUCUGACUGUACUUGGUGUCGUAUCUGCACAUAGAGAUUAUAUUGAUCAAUUUCUAAAUGAAACAAAGACAUUCGUACCUUGUCUGACUGAAUUUGAAGUCUAUGUUGAUGAUUUAAAAACUGUAACAAAAGACUUUACUAGGGAAGAAACACGACGCAAUUGUGCUAAGGUGACAAAAAUAACUUCGAUAGAACCAGUGGUGCAUUCGGAAGAUUUAUGUCGUUAUUUUCCUUCGUUGUAUAAGUAA